AAAACAUGUAAUUCUGAGUAGUUCCAGCCCUCUAUUCUUGAUUGAAAAACAUUUCAUAUUUUGAGGACAACUAUCGAACACCCAGAGUAGUCUGCUGUAUUUUGCCUGUAUUUGCUAAUAUUGUCUGCAGCAGCUGCAACAACAUUAGAAGUAACACAGGAACAACUGAAGAGAUAACAUCAUCCAAUUCCUCUGAACAUAUCUGUACCUUUUGCCUACCCGUGCAGCAGCAGACAUGCAUGGUUCUGAGGAGAGCGCAUCUGGAACCGUGCUUCACAGGCUUAUGCAAGAGCAUCUUAGAUAUGGAACAAGUGGAAUCAGAGGAGGGGUAGAAAACGACAGCUCUCAGAUGCCAAGCAACUCCACAUCUACAGAACACCUACUCCUUCAAAAGGAGGGUCAAGUAGCCCAUUCAUAUCAGCUUAUGCCCCUGCAGUCUCAGUCUCGACAGGAACCUCAAGGUCAGGAGCAUCAAGUGGACAGCAGCUCCAUGGAAAAAAAUGGUGGUGUGAGCCAGGGUGCAGGUAGAGAAGUCCAAGCAGCCCAGACUUCACCUGGGUUUGACACCCUGGAGCUUCCAUCAUAUGAGGACGCUAAAAUCCAGUCUCAGCUUUACAGAGGGCAGCAAAGUCCGACAGACCCUCAGUCCCAAAUCCCUGGCCACAACCACCAGAGUAUUGAAAAUCCAGAUGACCUAUCAAACAAUUUUCAACAAAAUCAGGAGCAGGACUUUCACAAAGAGGGCAAUAAAAACAUUGUCCACCAAAGUCAGCCGCAACACAACUUGUUUCAGCAGAUGCAGCAGUUGUCAACAAUGUCUGACAGUCUUGCAAGCUCACAUUCCUGUCUGCCAUCACUUUCUAACACACACUCACUUUCUUCCCCUCCUUCUCUUUCAUCUUCUUACACCUCUCUCUCAGCGGUUCCCAUGAAGGCCCUUUUGGAGGGUCAAUCAUGGGUCCAGCAAGGGGGCACUGGUGGUAAGUUUCUUUGUGAUGAAAGUCUGGCAGAGUUAAAACAGGGUCAUGUUCGCUCUCUAAGUGAAAGGAUCAUGCAAAUCAGUGUAGAAUGCAGUGGAGCUAAGCAAAGUGUAGGACCAUCCAAUUCACCUUGCACAGAAGACACUACUCUUUGUGGGGCUGAUAAUACAGCAGAUUAUCUCUCACUAACUAAUAAGACCUCCAUGGGUACCCUACAACCACCACCCUUAAACUCUCCACAAUGGACUUUGGAUCAAAGAGGUCCUCCCCCAGAAUAUCCCUUUAAGUUCAAGGUACAGACUAUGCUUUCGCCUACAUUACACCCCAAAUCAGAUUCUCUGGAACAUGGCCACUUCAACAGUGAUACCUUGACAGCAGCCAUGUUGGAGACAGUACCACUUAGAAAUAUAGCAAGACAAUGUCCUACAUCACAGCACCAAACACAGACCAGUCCCAUGACUUCUGAGACUUGUAUCCUGCCCUCACAGGCUUCUCAGCAACAAUAUCAGGCUAUAUCCCUAUCUCAGUCCCUGGCAUUUCCUCCAGCUCAGACUGGAUCUGUGACCCAGGGGCUGUUUUCUUGUGUGGCCCCUUUUGGACAGCCUUUCCCAGGGGAAGCAUUUGCCACGGUAAGCCAUGGCAAGCAGAUGCUGGAGACCCUAAAAGAAGAGAACCAAAGCCUUAGACAAGAACUUCACAAGCAAAAUGAGAAGGCCAGCAAACUACAGCAGUUGGAGGCAGAGACUGUGUGCCUGUCAGAUGCAUAUGAGAGUUUAGUGAAGAGCUCAUCCAAACGGGAUGCUUUGGAAAAAACCAUGAGGAAUAAGCUAGAGGCGGAGAUCAGGCGUCUUCAUGAUUUUAACAGAGACUUGAGAGACCAUUUGGAAAAAGCCAAUCAACAGCUAGCCAGUCAGGAGCUGAAGGGACAAGAUGACGGGCACUUGUAUCUUUCACAGAGGAGAGAAAGCCUGAAAGAUCUGGAAAAAUUAGAGAUAGAGGCAGCCAGUCUCCGAUCAGCCAAUGAGGAUCAGCGACGACACAUUGAGAUCUUAGAGCAGGCUUUAAAUAAUGCUCAGAGUAAAGUCCUUAAACUAGAGGAAGAGUUGAGUAAAAAGCAGAAGUAUGUGGAGAGGGUGGAGCGGUUGCAGCAGGCACUAGCACAACUCCAAGUCGCAUGUGAGAAACGUGAGCAGCUGGAACGACGUCUGCGUACUCGCCUGGAGAGAGAACUAGAAUCAUUGCGAAUGCAACAGGUCAGUGCUUGAAACUUCUUCAUUAGAGUACCAACACUUGUAAA